AUGGCUUCAAAUGGCGUGGAGGACGCUUUUGCCGUCGGCAGUGUGCUGCAGGCCAUGCUGACCAUGCGGAGCGGGGAUAAUGACAAGAAGAAGCAGGCCGCCGAUUAUCUGGCCAAGUUCCAGAAGUCUAAAGCCGCCUGGACAACAACAAUCUCGAUACUUCAGAGCUCGACCGAGGCCGAAGCACAGCUCUUCGCGGCAACAACCCUGAAGGGCAAGAUCACAUAUGACCUCGCAACUCAGGUGUCCGAGGGCGACCUCCCAGCCCUGCGCAGCCAGAUCCUAUUGCUGCUCAAGAAAUAUGCGCCCGGCCCUAAGCCGGUGCGGGUUCAGCUUUGUGUCUGCCUCGCAAUCUUGGCGAUCCAGAUGCAGACAUGGAAGGAUGUUUUGCCCACCGUUGUAUCAACUCUUGGGAACGACGUCACAAGCCACGCCUGCAUCCUGGAUUUCCUCCGUGUCCUUCCAGAAGAAGUCACGGAAGGACGAAAAAUCACCCUCUCUGAAGAAGAACUCUCCCAGAGGACAUCGGAACUGCUGGGGGACAAUGCUGAGCAGGUGGUGCAACUGCUUAUCAACUAUGCACAGUCUUCUCCUGCUGCGGCUACCAACCCUCAGCUUUUCGACUGCAUCAGCUCAUGGUUGCGUGAGGUGCCCGUGGGUGUUGUGGUCAGCUCUCCUCUCAUGAGUGCGGUUUUACAUGGAGUGGCCAACGACAACUCGCUUUUGGCUGCUGCUGACUGCCUUACUGUGAUUUGCCGAGAGACGAAGGAGGUGGAUGACAACCGCGAUACGAUUGCCCUCCUCCUUCCGAGGCUUCUUGAGCUCAGGCCACGCAUUCAGGCUCUCGUCGACGAGGACGAUACCGAGGGAUUCAAGGCGAUCACCCGCGUCUUCGCCGAGGCUGGUGAGUCUUGGGCCUUGCUGGUUGCUCGCGACCCUCAACACUUCCGCCCUAUUGUGGACUGCCUUCUUGAAUGUUGCGCCAGAGACAAGGAGAAGGACGUGCUCCACUAUACCUUCAACUUUUGGUACGAGCUUAAGCAGUACCUGACUUUGGACCAUUACAUGGAGGCUCGGGUGCAGCUCGUGGACGUCUUUGCCCAGCUAGUCGACAUCCUGUUGAAACAGCUCGAGUAUCCAGCAUCGGACGACCCCAACAAUGUUGACCUCUUCGACGGCGAUCGUGAGCAAGAGGAGAAAUUCAGAGAGUUCCGCCAUCAUAUGGGAGAUACGCUGAAAGAUUCCUGCGAGGUGAUGGGGGUCUCGGCAUGCCUUACCAAGGUCUACGACGCCAUCAAAUUGUGGCAGGAGAAGUUUGGAGGUCUUGCCACUCCCACUUCUGUUCCCCACUGGCAAUCGUUGGAGGCACCCCUUUUUGCCAUGCGUGCUAUGGGACGCAUGGUGGAUAAUGGUGACAGUUCUGUCCUUCCCCAAAUCUUCCCGCUUUUGGUGCAGAUCCCCGUGAGCAACGAGAAGCUUCGAUUCGCGGCCAUCAUGGUUUUCGGCCGCUAUACCGAAUGGACUGCGGCCCAUCCGGAGUUUCUCGAGUCUCAAUUCCAGUAUAUCGUCUCUUCCUUUCAAGCUGACUCGCAGGAGAUUCUGCGCGCUGCGGCUCAGUCUUUCAAGUACUUUUGCACUGAUUGUAAGACCCUGCUCAGCCCGCAGGUGAUCCAGCUGCAGGCUUUUUACGACGGCAUCCUUGACAAGCUUCCUAUGCCUAGCAAGGAGGAGGUUACUGAGGGCGUCGCUGUCGUCCUUGGUGUUCAAAAGCCAGAGGAAAUUUACCGCUUGCUCAAGCUGUACUGCGACCCCUUGAUCAACCGGCUGAUGGUCAAGGCCAACCAAGCAACGGACGAGAAAUCCAAGGUUGAUCUUGCUGAUCACAUCAACCUCCUUACUAACUUUGCACAAUACGUGGUGCCAUAUAUUCCCAGUGACCAGGAGAAUCCUGCGGUCAAGUACUGGCAAGAGGUGUUCCCGAUUCUGUCAACCAUUCUGGAUAACUUCAUCACGUUCAUCCCAAUUUGCGAGCGUGUGUGCCGGUGCUGGCGGAACAUGGUGAUUUCUUACAGAACCGCCAUCACCCCUCUUCUCGGACCAUUGGCCAACAAGUUGGCUGAAGGGUUUGCCGCAUCGAAGCAGGGGUGCUUCCUCUGGGCCACCAGUGCAGUCUUGAGGGAGUUUUCAGAGGACAGAGAACACGUCGAAGAUGGCAUUACUAACGACAUCUAUGUCUUCUUCGAGGCGCAGGCGACAAAUGUUCUCCGCACUAUGAGCGAUAUUAAGCCUAUCGAUCUCCCAGACGUCAUUGAGGACUUUUACCGCCUGCUCAUCGACGCCCUUCUUUAUUAUCCCACCAAACUUAUACCCUCUCCGCUCUUCACCCCUAUCUUUCAGGCUGCUAUUUCGGCUUUGUCCCUGGAGAAGCAGGAGCCCGUUUCGGCAGCCCUUCACUACAUCCGCGAUCUCCUCACAUACGGUGGGCCAAACCCAGCCACUUCCAGUGAUGCCCUUGGAACAGCCGGCGCCCAGCUUCGCCAGAUUGUCAAACAACUCCUGCUCGAGCAGGGCGGAGCGCUGAUUAAACAGACCAUGGCGGGCAUGAUGUUCACCUUCCCCAGCGACUGUUUCGCCGAUGGUAGCGGCGUCUUGCUGCACAUGUUCCAGCUCCUUCCUCAGGAGACAGCUGCGUGGGUUGAGAGCACCAUCCGAAUGCUUCCCGCGGGAACCGUCACGCCCGUGGAAGCCAACCGCCUUCUCAGCAAGAUUAAGGAGAAACUCAGCGGAUCAGAUUCCGACCGGAGACAGAUCCGUAUUCUGAUGCAGGACUUUACCAACACAUACCGCCGCCGGUAUGUGGCGCCUCGGGAUGGUCUAGGACAGUUGGAGGCGACCCAGUUCCACUUCUCUGGGUAGAUACGCUGCGGGUAUGGGUGGACUUAUAAGAUUGGUGUCAAGGGGGAUUCUCGUGGUGGACAAGGGGGAAACAUUUUGCGGAUUGGGAUGUGUCUGUGCAUAUAUUUUCGAAUUCGUCUCUUGGGCGCGGGAGUGGAGAAUUUAUGACGGGUGGUAUAUUAGGUAGCUGGUGGAGGGAUAUUGAAAUGCAUGCGAUGUUUUGAAGGGGGGCGAAAAGAUAACGAAAAGGAGAAGAGGAGGGCAUCAAAGGAGUGAGAAGAGACCGAAAGACAGCGGUGGGAAAGACAGUUGCAUUACGACACCUAGAUGUGAUGAGGGCCACGACGACGGAAAGCGAAGAUAAUUGAAUUGUGUGGUGGAGGAUUUAUAUGUAGAUAGUAUCAACAUCCCUAUUUUUCGACUUUUUUUGCUACCCUUUUGCUGUAUCUCCUUUUAGCCUGAAGUUUUCCCGCACUUCUUCUGUCUUUUGAUUUUGUCAUGUUUUCAUACAACCUACAAUUCUCAUCGUUUCUCUUCAAGUAUUUAUAAGACUAGGAGAAUGGUGGUAUUCGUUGCUGCAUAGGUCGAUUGGCCUUUGGGGGAGGUUG